UUAUGUUGAAACACCUUCAUGUGGUUUGUUGAUGGUGACCUUCAUUCGAGACCAUGAAUUUUGCUGUUAUUUCAGCACAUUUAUGAAUUUUUUGUAAUCAGUUUUGGUCCUUGCAUGUGUUGUGAUAAUGGCUUUAAUUUACCAACCUUGUAAGAGCUUAUUUAGAUGUCUUCAUAGAGUUACUUUUAGGUGCUUGCAAGCAACAUCCGCGUUUCACAGCUCAGCUGCUCAGUCAAACUCCAACAGGACAUGCGUGGUCCGCUUCGGCAGGCAGAAGUAUGAGAGGCUGUAUCCAGUUCUGCUUGUUCGACCUGACGGGUCUACCAUCAACAUCAGAUAUAAAGAGCCCACAAGAAUAAAGAUGAUGCCAGUGGAUUUCAACAGCCUCUCUGAGGAGGAGAGGAAAGCCAGGCUGAAGAAAAGAGAGCCAAAGAGGGGUGCAGUCAAACAGAAACUGGAGGAGUUUGAGGAUGAUUUCAAAGUGGAUGAUUACAGCAAGUUCUGGAAGAAGAAAUGAAUGGACUGAAAAAUUUGCUUCAUUCUGAGUAUUUAUAUUGUCUCAUGUACACAAUUACAUAUUUGUUUUGUAAGUCACCUUGCCAUUAAAAACGUUGAAAUGUU